UCAAAUAAAAACCCUCGGAUUUCAUUUUGCAGUAAAACCCUGCGAAGUUGGGAGGGUUUCUUCUCCCAAAAAUGGCGAAAAUCCCUCUCAGAAAUCUGCUUUCUCUAAUCCAAAAACGCUUCCUUCAAACCACCCCAACCCCUGCUUCUGUUCCCAAAGCGCCACCUUUAAAAUCCGCUCUUUUACUCUCCAAACGCCUCCGAGUACACCAAAUCCCCUACCCAGAAUCCUCAUCAUCUGUCCUUAACUGUUUAAAAUCCUAUGGAUUCGAGGAUACCCAUAUCGCCAAAUUGGUUUCAAAACGCCCUGAAAUCCUCCAUUCCAGAGUUGACUCAAAGCUCAAGCCCAAGCUUGAAUAUCUCAUCCAAAAGGGUCUUACUGGUAAGUUUUUGGCUGACCUCAUUGUGUCGAAUCCUUUGAUUCUUUUACGAAGCUUGGAUGCUCACACUAAACCAUCUUUUGAGUUUUUGUCCGCUUUUCUGAAUACUAAGGAAAUGUUGGUUGCUCUUAAACGAUCAUGUGCUUGGUUAUUGACUUUUAAUCUGAAUGCCAUUUUGCGGCCAAAUGUUGAUUUACUGAUUAGCGAAGGGAUUUCUGCUACUAGGAUAUCGAGAUUAUUGGUAAUACAGCCUAGAGUUAUCUUGCAAAGCCAUGGCAGAAUGGUUUAUGCGGUUAAAACUGUUAAAGAAAUAGGUCUUGAACCCAAAGAGCCUAAGUUUAUAGAUGCUCUUAGGGUGAUUUGUUCAUUUAGCAAGUCCAAUUGGGAGAAAAAAGUCAAGACUUUUAUGAGUCUGGGAUGGAGUAAAGAGGAAGUGUUUAAUAGUUUAAGGAAAGACCCUAUCUCUUUAACAUGUUCCGAGAAGAAACUUAGGUAUUUGAUGGAUUUUUAUGUGAAUACUAUGAAGUUGGAUGCCAAGACUAUCAUUGCGUACCCCAAAUUGCUUCUCUAUUCAGUUGAUAGGAUUCUGGCAAGGUAUGAAGUUUUCAAGGUUUUGGAGUCAAUGAAGCUGAUCAAAGAGGACAAGAAGGUUGUUUGGGAAAUACCACUGUCUGAAAAGGAAUUUUUGGAGAAAUAUAUUACUAAGAACAAGGACAAAGUUCCUGGUUUGUUGGAUAUGUACCAACAGGCUCUUAAGCGAAGCAAAACAACCCGAACCAGGGGCAAGAAUGAGAAAAUUGAUCCGAAAUCACCAAGUUUGACUCUGUAGUUCAUUAUACACCUAGACAUUCCUUUUGACUGGUUCCUAAUGUAUUAUGGUGCUGUCAGUUUGAUCGCUUAAUAUCAUCUCUAUGGCCAUUAGCUUUUUUUUUUAAUAUUAGUUUGGUUAGGGUCAUUUUCUUUUGUUGUUUAUUGUAAUCGGUCUCCAGGCAACUCUUUGAUUUAUUCUAAGAUUUUGCAUUGAGUGGAUUUGCUUUGGUACCCUUAAUAGCCUGAAAAACUCAUAAUAAUUUAGCUUCAUAUUUGCUGAGAAUCCUUAGAAAAAAAUUUCACCUUAAGAUUAUUUGAGGAACCCUUCUGUUUUCUUGAGAGAGGUUUUUUCGUCGAAUUUAUUUUGUAUUUUAUGGAUAGAACAAAUUUCUAAAUCUUUUUUUCUUUUUAUUAUUACUUUUAACA